ACGAAAUCCUGGUACUAUACAAGGUACCCGAGCUCACACCGAUCCAAAGUCAGAUCGUCGGCAUUUAACAGUGGCAAUACCGAGUGUACUUGACCUGACGGCGGAGGAUCUCCGUUAUUCCCGUGCACAACCACGAUACUCACCAAACCUCAUGGUCCAAGUACGUAGCGACGUACCACGAAAUCCGUGACAAAGAAUCUGGCCGAGACGUGGAUAUUAUGACUAUUCUCCCGGUGUCGCAAUCGCUCAUGACCUCGAGUCUUUUAGUCAAGCGGUCCACUAAGUGGAGCUGCAACACAAGAUGCCUGACCCAACGUGGCGGGUCUGGCCGAGUCGAUCGAACGAGCUUGGGCCAUUAUUAGAUUUCUUCAAAUCUUUAGGCCUGAGUCUUGGGAUCGGCAUCGGAGAAUGGCGUUGAUUGUGAACAAGCGAGAGAUACGUUCUCUUUUUUGUUUUGAGGCUCAUGAUGUGAAGAUAUAUCGUGAGUGGAGAUUGUUGGCGGUGGACGUCAGGUACUUUUACCGUAUAAAUAGGAUACAAGUCAAUGACAGUACUCUCAAGACAAGAUAUCUGUAUUCAACAGUGAGAAUCUGAUUACACAUUGAAGUACAACAAAAACUAUCAAUAUGGAUCGAUUAAGGUCAACUUCACCUACUCUAUUCCGCGAGGGCGCGGCAACGCCAGACGUCGAAAGCGCAGCGACUUCGGUACCUCCAAGCCAGGUAGACCUUUCCGCUGGCAUAGACAACGAGAAACAACAAGACAAAAGAGAUUUCGAGUCAGACAUCGGCGCCUGGCUCUGUGUCUUUGCAUCUAUGUUAUUCCUGAUAUCUUCUUAUGGAUUUAUGAACUCCCUCGGCACAAUCCAGUCCCAUCUCACCCUCAACGAGUUGAACAACUAUAGUGUCAGCCAAGUCGGAUGGAUAUCAGGAACUUACCUUUUUCUCUCCCUCAUCUUCAACUUCCAGAUCGGCUCUAUCCUAGAUCGCUAUGGUCCUCAGAUCCUCGGCCCGAUCGCCGCUGCAUUCUCCACCGUUACAUUCAUCCUUCUAGCUCAGUGUACGCAAUAUUGGCAUUUCAUCCUCUGUCUCGGUCUUUUUGGCAGCAUCGGGAGCGGUAUCGGUGCCGUCACAGCUAUCGGCGUCAUCGGCAAGCUUUUUACUCGCCGCCGCGGUCUUGCCAUGGGUAUUGCUGUUAUGGGUACUUCUCUUGGUGGUAUUAUUUAUCCCAUGAUGCUACGUGCUACUUUUAGCAAGCUUGGCUGGGCUUGGUCCAUGAGGCUUGUUGCUCUCGUCGUUGCGUGCAUCAUGUCACUUGGCGUGUUAUGCUAUCUUCCAUUCCGUCGCCUCACAGAAGGCCAACAAACGGUUCAAAAGCCCCAGAGCUUCAGCUUAGAUUUGUCAGCUUUCAAGUCUUUGAGCUUUGUCGUCACUGCCCUCGGUAUCUGCAUGGUUGAGUUUGUCAACUAUGGAAUCAGUGGCCUGUUACCGACUAUCGCAAGAGGAGCAGGCUUUUCUACCGAGGACGGAUAUACUCUUCUGUCGAUCUUGGGUGCAUGCUCUUGCUUGGGUCGUUUCUUGAUUGGUUUCGUGGGAGACAAGGUUGGGCCGUUCAAUGCUAUGAUCACCACCAUGCUAGUCAUUCUGGUGUUCAUCUCGUCCAUCUUUAUCCCAUUCAGCACCACCUCAGCUCCUCUCAUGUAUACCUUUACUGCACUUUGGGGUUAUUGCUCUGGGUCUUUCUACGUACUGUCUCCAUGUAGGUUCAUCAAACGUGAAAUCAUUAGCUGCGCCCACUACUAACAACUGCAGUAUGUACCGGAAAGACUUGUGAGCCACAAGAUUAUGCCCGAUACUUCGGCUCAACGAACAUGUGUGUGGCUGUUGCCCUCCUCCUUGCAAACCCACUGAGUGGAAUCUUGCUGGAAAAGCUUGGCGCUCAGCUCCUGGGUUGCUUCUACCUCGCUAUCAUCGUACUAGCUGCCAUAUUCUUUAUCACAGGACGAUCUCUGUUACUCGGGAAAUGGCUCGUCCUCCGCAGAAGGUUGUAGCCGGGUCUUACGACUUACAGCUUUCUAUUUUUCACAUAAUACUAUAAAAAGUGCCCGAGAGGGGAUAAUCACAACAAGGCGGCGUUAUUUGGCAACUAUCAAAAGCUGAUAUGGAAAAGGUAAUGAAAAGUGGAAUUUACAUCGUCUAGAGGGAAUCCAGAAUUUGGAAAAUCCUAGAAACAUAAUUAGAAUAGCUCUCAAUAGAGAGCACUUAAUCAUAAUACUUUCAUUGAGUCUCUGUCACCGCUGAGUCUGAGAAACCUUUGAUGAAAACAAGAAUUUACCAUCG